AGAGAUAACCAGCAAAACGAUAACUGGCUGCUUACAGUGUUUGCUCUAAAAUCCAUGAUAUGCCUUAUGUAGCCUUUGGAGGAAAAAUAGCCUGAUCUAUUUGUGUGCAAAAAUGGCCAAGAGAAUUGCAGAGAAGGAACUGACUGACCGAAACUGGGAUCAGGAGGAUGAAGCUGAGGAGGUGGGCACAUUCUCAGUGGCCAGUGAGGAGGUGCUGAAGAACAGAGCCAUUAAAAAGGCAAAGCGCCGGAACGUUGGAUCAGAGUCUGAAAGUGGAGGAGCGUUUAAAGGGUUUAAAGGCUUUAUAUUGCCUUCUGGAAAAGGAGGAGGUGGCUUUGGUGGAUUUGGGAAUGGUGCAGGAAUAAAGCCUUUGGAAGGGCUGUCUAAUGGAAGCAGUACUGUCUCUAGCACUCCUCCUUUCAGCAGUGUGAAGACCACUCCUGAAACACCAUCAGCAUUUGGGUCGCCCGUGUCCAACGGCCCCGGUGCUGCAGCGCUUGCCGAGACCAAGGCCAAGGGGGGCAGGCAGGGCUCGUACCACAAGCAGCUGGCCGCCCUCAACUGCUCCGUGCGCGACUGGAUCGUGAAGCACGUGAACUGCAACCCGCUGUGCGACCUGACCCCCAUCUUCAGGGACUACGAGCGCUACCUGGCCAGCAUCGAGCAGCAGCACGGCGGCGACAGCGGCUCCGAGGGCGAGGCCACCAACGCCCCUGGCGCCAGGGCCGCCCCUGCCUUGGGGGGCACGAAGCUUCAGGGCUCAGCAUUCCUGUUCAACAGCGGCAAAGCCGAGGAGACGGUGGACGGGAAGGCCGAGGCUGCGUCGGAGAAAAAGGAGCCGUCCUUAGGAGCUGCAUCGACCGUCUCCUUCAGCUUCGGCAAGAGCACCGACAGCCCCGCGCUGGGUUCCCUCGGCUCAGGAACACUCAGUAGCUUCUCCUUUUCUCCUGGGAAUUCGGGUUUGUUUGGAAAAGACGCAAACCAGGCCAAGUCUGUCAUUGCAGCACCCACCAGUUUACUGGAAGCUCAGGCAGAAAGCAGCAAUACCGAUGAGAAAGGAGGAGAAGAGGAGGAAGAAGAGCCACCAAAAGUCGUCGUUAAUGAAAUAAAAGAGGAUGAUGCUUUCUACUCAAAGAAGUGCAAACUGUUUUACAAAAAGGAUAAUGAAUUCAAAGAAAAAGGGGUCGGAACAUUACACUUAAAACCAGCGGGAAAUGAAAAAACACAACUCCUAGUCCGAGCAGAUACCAAUUUAGGAAACAUACUGUUGAAUGUCCUCAUUCCACCUAAGAUGCCAUGCACAAGGACCGGGAAGAACAACGUUCUCAUAGUUUGUGUCCCCAAUCCACCCAUCGACGAGAAGAACCCGACUGCUCCUGUCCCCAUGUUAAUAAGGGUGAAAACAAGUGAGGAUGCAGAUGAGUUGCACAAAAUCUUACUGGAGAAAAAGGAGGCUUAAAUAAGUUGCAGUCAGUGAUUUGAGGAGUUGUUGCCAAACUGCUGCUGCUCUUUUUUUCUUCCCUAACUUCACUUGAACAUUUAACUCUUUACUCUGAUAUUAAGAACUGUUAUAGGAAUUCUGGAAAAAAAUUAUGUGAGGAAAAGCUAAAGUAGCUAAUAAAAGCUUUAAUAGAACACAA